UUUGCGUUUUUAUACAUUGCAUUUAUUUUCUUAUAGGGAUAUCUCUUGGAAUACUCAGGCUUUUAUCGCCAAAUGUGACUUUUAUUGUUCAUCAGGCCACACUCCACGUUUGAUUUCUUUUAAGAUCUUGAAUAUAUAUAUUUAAAUAUUGAAUUUAAAUCGCCUUAACCAAAGUUUUGGAGGCAGCCUAUUCUUCCGAGGGAUGGUUCAAAGCUGUGAAGAUCAGGGAGCGACAGUCCGGCUCCUGCACUGGAGUUUCGCCUCUGCGUGCUCAUGCAGCGGAUCUGAGAGGAGAUGAAAGCCGCGGUCUACCACCUCCUGGCCGGCUAUUUUUGCCUAUUACGCACCGCUGCCGAGGAGUCUCCUCUCCCUCGGGAGCUGCUGGAGCGGCUCUCUCGCAGCGAGAUCCGCAGCAUCAGCGACCUCCAGCGGCUGCUAGAAAUAGACUCCGUAGAGAAUGAGGUGAUUGAGGAGACCAAACACAGCCACCACAAGGACUUCUCUCACGUCGUACCUACUCACAAGAAAGCACAUUCCCACACGAGACAAAAAAGAAGCACCGUGGUGGAAGAAGCCGUGCCGGCCGUGUGCAAAGUGCGCACAACCAUUUAUGAAAUCCCCAGGAGUCAGGUGGACCCCACUUCAGCCAACUUCAUCAUCUGGCCUCCCUGCGUGGAAGUGAAACGCUGCACAGGCUGCUGCAACACAAACAACAUAAGGUGCCAGGCGGCGCGCAAACACCACCGCACUGUCAAGGUGGCGAAGGUGGAGUACGUACGGCGACGGCCAAAACUGAGGGAGGUGGAGGUGACGUUGGAGGACCACUUGGAGUGCACGUGCAGCAACAAACGGCCCAUCGGCCAAAACCAGGACAGAGAUAAUGGUGAACAAGCAGCUUUACGUGAAUGUAUCAGGUGAGGCGAGACAGGUAGAGGAUGCAGUGGAGGACGCAGCAAACGGCACCUGUAACAUGGCCUCCGCCUGCUGUGAAAGGACAUGUUUUAUAGAACCGUUGUGGGAUGUGCGAUGGCGAAUACGUGACUCAUUUCAACCUGAGGGGCACGCUCAGGAGUUUGUUAUAAAAAGCGAAUCCUCCAAACCCAGGGAAGCGCCUCAGACAGAAUGAACUUUUCUCAGUGAAGAGGAGAAACGUUUGGAUAUUUGAACAUCCGAGAACUUGUUUCUGCUCCUUCGCCUGAGUGAUCACAACUCAUCUUCUGGUUGGGAUAUAUUGUUCUGCAAACAGUGACUGGGAGGAGGUUUCAUACGCCAAGAUUUGCUCUUCCUCUGGUAAAACAUUCAUGUGUAUCCCCUGAUGAUUUUUAUAACAUUUUUUUUAAUGCUGUUUGUUUUCUACGUCUGGUACAUUUUAUCCAUAGAAAAAUGGAAGCAGUAUUUUACUGAAUCAAAUAAAAUAUUUAUACAAAACA